AUGGGGAAGCGCAAAAGUUCGAGCAAACCUCAAGGCCCGAAGAAGAGAGAGGUUCUUCCCUCCAAGUUCACAUGCCUCUUCUGCAACCACGAAGACUCCGUCGCUGUAAAGCUGGAUAAGAAAGCGGGUGUUGGUUCGUUGGACUGCAGAGUGUGCGGCCAGAUGUUUCAGUGCAGCAUCAAUUACCUCUCGGCCGCCGUGGAUGUGUAUGGAGAGUGGGUGGACGCUGCAGAUGCUGUUGCCAAGGAAGCAGGACCCGUCGGCGGAAGCAAUCACAAGACCACAAGCGCUCGGCGCGCCCCUCCGAGCCGGCCAGUAGACGAUGACGACGAUGACAGGAGAUACGGGGGUGAGGGUAUCGAUAUGGAUGACGAUGAAUACUAG